AUGCCCAUUUUGUCAAAAAGAACUAUUACUCGUAGUUUAAUAUCAAAUAUUGGAUUGAAUGCUAGGCCAUCAGGACUUCGGUUAAAUCAUCAUGGUACUAGAGUAGCUUCUCGAGACUUACCACCAGCACCUACAAAAUCACGUCGUCCUUGGUACAUUGGUGGAGCUAUUCUUGGUACUGUUGUUUGGGUAGUUGGUUUAUCUUCUGCUUUGAAUUAUCAACGUUUAUCAAGUAGUGUUGUCAGUGGUACUCUGUUUAUGGUUCGAUAUGAUCCUAGAGUGAUUGAACUUGUGGGAGACAAGGUGGAUUAUGCAGAUUCUUGGCCUUGGAUUAGUGGUACUGUAAAUCAUUUGAAAGGAAAAGUAAAUAUUGCUUUUGAUGUGACAGGAUCCAAAGGUGAACGAGCUCGUGUUCGGUUUUCUUCUCAACGAAGAGGUCAUGCUUGGCAUACUUUGGAAUUCACAGUGACAAGACAAUCAGAUAGUGAAACUGUAGAUAUUGGACAUCACGAAUUGACAGAUCAAGGCGCACCUUUUGCUCUGGAACACCUGGAAUAG